AUGGUGCCGGGCUCCGGACACUUCACAGAAGGAAGAUCACAUGUCCCUCGAGAGGCACCCCUAGUCAAGUUCGAGGGGGCCACGCUGUACCUGCCCCAGGUGGAGAUCACCAAGGCCUUCUUUGCGAAGCAGGCAGACGAGGUCACACUGCAGCAGGCGGACGUGGUCCUGGUUCUGCAGCAGGAGGACGGGUGGCUCUACGGCGAGAGGCUCCGGGAUGGAGAGACAGGCUGGUUCCCCGAGGACUUUGCCCGCUUCAUCACCAGCCGUGUGGCCGUGGAGGGCAAUGUCCGCAGGAUGGAGCGUCUGCGGGUGGAGACAGAUGUGUAGCCUUGGUGAGGCCAGCCGGCGGCAGCACGGCCUGUCCCCUGAUCAGCAAGUGGCCGUGCCUGGCUACAGAGAGUGUGAGGGGCUUGUCUCAAGGACCCAGCAUGGUUCCCUAGGGCUUCCCAAGACCCUGUGACUAUGGUGCCGGGCUCCGGACACUUCACAGAAGGAAGAUCACAUGUCCCUCGAGAGGCACCCCUAGUCAAGUUCGAGGGGGCCACGCUGUGUCCCAAGGAGCCCAGCCUAGUCCCAUUGGCUGGCUGGGCCUCUCUCAGCUGCUGGGCCCCACCACCUCCCCGCUGCACCCACGGGGCAACUCCACCCAGACUGAUGGGCACAGGGGCCACCAUUAACAAUUAUUGGGGACAAUGUGAGGUCUCCUCCUAUGCCCUUCCUACCCCCAUGUGGGACAGGAAGGACCCUGAGUUCCCAGGAGUGUCCCACGCUCUGAGAGGGGGACUGGCCAGAGGGAGGGGACCCGGCAGGGAGAUUUCGGUUUUGAGGUUUCUAAAUACAUUAAAGUUAUUUCUUAAGAA